AUGUUUCAUUCUCUCAUAAACAAGCUUCAAUGCAAACCAAAUCCAAAAGAAGUUCAUGAUCCAAAGAAAAUUAGGCACCAAAAAAAAGGUUUACUUGAUCAUUCAAAUAUCAUCCAAGGAAGCAAGAGGUACUUAACAAAUUCAUCAAGUUUCUGUCAAGAAUCUGAAGGGAGCCUUAAUAUAAGUGAUCCUAUAAUCAAUGAUAGCUCAUCAUUAAGUCAUUGCAACAGUGGAAUUAAGGAUUGGGAAGGUUCUUUUAGAACAACAAGAAGGGUAUCUACAUCUUCAAGGUUAAUCAAUCAUGUUGAUGGUUAUAAUGAAGAAAAUGUCUCAUCUAAAACAAGCUUGUUUGUUCAGGUGGAUUCUGAUGAUAAUGGUCCUUCAAUAUUGAUGUGUUACAAAUGUGGUGAGAAACUGAAAAACCUUAAUGCUGUUGAAACACAUCAUAUCACUGAGCAUUCAGUCACUGAACUUGAAGAAGAUUCAUCUAGACAUAUUGUAGAAACAAUAUGUGAAAGUGGACAAAGCUUGGUUUGUUCUGAAUUGUGGCAAAUUGAUUGCAUACUAAAAAUCCACAACAUCCCAAAAACACUUGCAUGCUUUGAGGAGUAUAGAGAAAAGGUGAAGAUCAAUGCCAACAAGCUACAUAAUAAGAAUCAUCAUCCACGUUGUCUUGUUGAUGGAAAUGAGCUUUUAAUGUUCCAUGGCACUAACAUUGCAUGCUCUCUUGGAACAAAUAAUUCUUAUAGCUUGUGCAAUUUAGACUAUUGUGGUGUAUGUCAAAUUCUUAGGCAUGGCUUUUCUACUAACAAGGAAUUUCAAGGUGCAUUAGGAGUUUACACUACUUCAACAAGUGGAAAAGCCUUUGAUUCCAUUGAUGAGACAGCUUGUACAAGAAAAUCAGUUGUAGUGUGUAGAGUAAUUGCUGGGAAAGUUCAUUGUCCUUUUGAAGAAAUUCAAGAAAAAGUUGAUUCAAGAUUUGAUUCAUUGGCUGAAAAGUUAAGUAAGAAUGAAAAUAUUGAGGAACUAAACUUGUUGAAUCCUAAAGCUUUGCUUCCUUGCUUUCUGGUAAUCUACAAACAACAAACAAUGAAAAUUAAGAGGUUCCCCUCAAGCUCAAGGAUAAGUAGCACUUUUCCAAAUAUUUAUCAUAGUAAUAUUUUUCAUAAUUAAAAUAUGUAUUCAAAGUUGCACAACAUUGUUAUCUUGGUAGAUUAGUUGUAAAAUCUACCCUUUCAUAAAUUAAGGGUAUAUACCCAUCAACCAAUGAGAACAAGUUAUAUGUAAUUCGACAUGUGCAAAUUCAAAAGUUUGUUACAAGUUUUUUGU